AUGGAUCGACACGCGACACCUCCCUUCUCAUUGCGCCUAGUCUAUCGCACCGGUGCAUUCCACCGACCGGACGAAUUUACCGACAUCGCCCUACCACCUCACAUAACCAUUCACACCUGGUCCGACUGCACCCUCACCGAGCUCUCGCACCACCUCGCCGCCGCAUCGCCCCCUCUUCUUCCCGAACCCGCUAUCGGCACAAGGCUUGCAUUCCGGCUCAUCUUCCCAGAUACGCGUAAUGCAUCCCAAAUCCCGCGCUACCUCGUCAAAGAUCUCGGGAGUGUCGUGCUCGGCGAUGGCGGGCCUGGGCUGGAUCCCAGCGACGUUGCGGCCGAAAAGCAGCUUGAGGGUGCCGAUGCGGCCAAGACACUGAGUGAUGCGCGCUUUGUCGUGGGCGACUUCGUGUCGGUAGCUAUACUGCCGCCCCUUAGCGAUGGGAGUGUGGCUCCGGCAACGAGCGCAAGAAUGGGCAGGGGAGUGGGUGCGGGAGAAGCAAGGGCCAUUGUGGGUGUUUCCCCGAUAGUUGCGAGCGCCAGAGACCGGGAUAGGGACAGGGAAAUGGACACACAGAUUGGGUUCGGAAUGCGGACUGGCAGAGGUAGAGGGCGAGGAGGUAUUGAUGGCUUUGGGCGGGGUCGUGGAUUCCCGGAGGGAGAAUGGAGGAGGGGUGAAAGACUGCCAGACGCGCCUAUACGAGCCAGGGGGCGAGGCCGAUUUUGA